CCCCUGGUGAACGUUCCAUCGUGUGAUGUCACAAUGCCCAAUGUUCAAAGACAUUGUUGCCAUAGAGGGAGUACAGAGAAGGUUCACCAGACUGAUUCCUGGGAUGUCAGGACUUUCAUAUGAAUAAAGACUGGAUAGACUCGGCUUGUACUCGCUAGAUUUUAGAAGAUUGAGGGGGUAUCUUAUAGAAACUUACAAAAUUCUUAAGGGGUUGGACAGGCUAGAUGCAGUAAGAUUGUUCCAGAUGUUGGGGAAGUCCAAUAGCAAGGAUGUCCUUCCUCAAAUUUGGAGGCCAAAACUGCACACAAUACUCCAGGUGUGGUCUCACUAGGGUCCUGUACAACUGCAAGAGGACCUCUUUGCUCAUAUACUCAACUCCUCUUGUUAUGAAGAACAACAUGCCAAAACUGCACACAAUACUCCAGGUGUGGUCUCACUAGGGUCCUGUACAACUCCAAUACUCAACUCCUCUUGUUAUGAAGGCCUUCAUGCCAUUUGCUUUCUUCACCAAAUGGGCCAUGUUGGCCGGUGUGGGCAAGUUGGGCCGAAGGUCCCGUUUCCAUGCUGUAUGGCAAUGACUAGCUGUGAGGUCGAUGAAAGGGAGGUUGGUUUGUGUGUGUGUGUGUACGUGAUGGUCUGGGCUGCACUGCGUCCACAACUCUCUGUGAAACAACUUUGAUCUGUUUGCUAAAAUCGAUAGGGUUUUGAAGUCCACAAACAUGUGCAACUUGUUUGCUGGUCACGCCGUGUCAAGGUCCAUAGUUGGUCAUGGUGUCACAGCGGGUAGAGUUGCUGCCUCACAGCGCCAGAGACCCAGGUUCCAUCCUGACUACGGGUGUACUGUACGCAGUUUGUACCUUCUCCCCGUCACCUGCGUGGGUUUUCUCCGAGACCUUCCGUUUCCUCCUACACUCCAAAGACGUGCAGAACGUUGUAUCCUAACGCAAGCUGUGCCAAUCUAAUGCGUUUCAAAACCGUUUCUGGCAUCUUACGUAUUGAAAAAGACAGGCCAACAUGCACCUAAGAUUUGUCAUUUGCUGGGUACUACUUAAUCUCGGCAAAAGCAAGCAAUCAGAAGGGGAAAGUUUCUUCCUGAGGUUGGUUGAUGGAGACAGCAUCUGCUCGGGAAGAGUGGAGCUGUUCUACAAUGAAACGUGGGGGACAAUCUGUGAUGAUUACUGGGACAUGCCUGAUGCAGUGGUGGUGUGUCGGCAGAUUCAAUGUGGAUUUGCCCAGUCUGCCCGCGGUUCUUCACAGUUCGGGGAAGGUCCUGGCGUUAUCUGGCUGGACGAUGUAGAAUGCGUGGGGUCAGAAAGCAACUUACGCCAGUGCAAGAUCCGCACAGUUGGGGAACACAAUUGCAACCACGUCGAGGAUGCUGGAGUGAUUUGCAAUCCUGAGCACCCACCAAAGCCAUCCAUUUACAGUGGGAAGAAGUCUGGAGUCUUCAUCAAGGGUGAAGAUCUGAAGAUCAAAUGCAGCACGCUGGGAUUCUACACGGCCACAAUGUUCUACCUGUACAAGGACAACGGGCCCUUGCCGCUCUUGACCAAGUCACCGGCCAGUCGCCAUUUCACCGCCACUUUCCACCUGGCCAACAUCACUGACGGACACAGCGGCAAUUACAGCUGUCGUUACGACUCCAACAUCUCCGGCAAGACCUACAGCUCGGAGCAGAGCGAGAAUGUGGACAUCAUGUUGAGAGAAUACCUACCUGCACCAGAGAUUGUUUACAGUCAAGCAUCCAAUGUCAUCAUUGAAGGACAAGACAUUACGUUGAGAUGCCAGACACAGGAAAAGUAUGAGCAGUGCAGGUUUCAUUUAUACAAAGAUGAUGAAACCAAUCCCAUCGACUCACAAAUGGCCAGCAACACACAAUCAUUUGUUCUCUUCAACGUCACGGAGAUCGGCCAACAGGAUGAGGGAAGUUACUUCUGCAAGUACGAGGUCAUUGUCAACAAACAGCUACAAUUCAACUCCUCCUUCAGUACCCACCUCAACAUAACUGUGCAAGACGGUGUCAAGCUGAGACUGUCUAACAGAGACAGUGCAUGUGAAGGUGAGCUGGAGGUCUUGUACAAUGCCACCUGGGGCAAGGUGUGCGGAAGGGGAUGGCACAUUUCUGAAGCGGAGGUGGUGUGUAGACAUCUGGGAUGCGGAUUUGGGAAGAGUGCAGUCUCCACGGAAAGAUACGGGUUUGGGACCGACGAUGUGAAACUCAACUACGUCCAUUGUCAGGGGACAGAGAAGUUACUGUGGAAUUGUCGCUCUCUCUCUUGGUCUGAGAACACCUGUUUUGACCACUUCCGAGCUCACGUCACCUGUUCAGAACAGCCGCUGAAACCUUCAGUUACGGUCUACCGCAUGCCCAGCAUUUACAUGCCGGGGGAAAACGUGACAAUACAAUGUACAAUAGCCCCGUACUAUAUAGGCAGCCAGAUGUUCCUGCACAAGGUGGGUGAGAAGAAGGCCUUGUUGUCCGUGCCUGUCCCACCUAACCAGAAGUCAGCCAACUUCACCAUCGUGGAUGUACAAACCAAGCAGACGGGGAACUACACCUGUAGCUAUGACAUUGACAUCUCCGAGACAGUCUUCAAGUCUGAACCCAGCGAUCCACAGGCUAUCACAGUCAGAGAUGAACCACCAGAGCCGACACUUUCGGUUGAGAAAGACCCUCCAAACUAUCUCCCUGGUCAAGAAAUAUCCUUGCAAUGCAGAGCCCCUGUCUAUUUCACUGUCAGUCAAUAUUACCUCUAUAAAGACACCAAAAACAACUUUGUGAGGUCGCACCUGGUCACGGACCAAGAUAUUCCCGCCGUUUUCCAAAUCACAGCGGAAAACAGCAAGGAGGAAGGGGAAUAUAUGUGUCAAUAUGAGACCAACUCCACUGGAAAAUUGUACAAUUCCACGCUAAGCGAUCACAUCAAAAUCUCAGUCGCGGCAGACAUAAAGUUGAGGCUGGCGGACGGAGGGCGGCCAUGCUCGGGCAGGAUUGAGUGCUUCGUCAAUGAUACCUGGGCCACCAUCUGCGAUGAGGAAUGGGAUCUGGCAGAGGCUGAAGUGGCCUGUAGGCAACUUCACUGCGGCUUUGCUCGCUCAGCCACCCGCAGUGGCAGCUUCGGAGAAGGAUCAGGGCCGGCCUGGGCCAAAAACAUUGCCUGCAAUGGCACAGAGACCUACCUGUGGGUCUGUCCCUACGAGGCAGUCUAUCCUCAGCUCUGUCCCAUGAGGAAUGAUGUUGGUGUGGUCUGCUCAGAUCAGCCGUUGCAACCAGCCAUUUAUAUUCGGCGGCCGUCUGGAAGAUUUUCUCAAGGAGAGAACGUAACGAUCGACUGUAAAGCUCCAUCUUUUUACCAAGGAGCAACAUUCUUCCUUUACAAGACCAACCAAGAGGCCUAUUUACAGUCACUGAAGGCCGAUGACAACUCCAACACAGUGGCCUUCCUUCUGACAAAGAUAUCGACGUUUCAUGAAGGUUCCUACACCUGCUCAUAUCAAGUCGUGAGAGAUGGUCGACCAUCCACAUCAGAUAUCAGCAGUCAAGUGAAAAUCUCUGUCAUAGAUAAGCCACCUAAACCCAGGAUUGAUUUUGUGGCGUCUUUGGGGCAGUUUUCAAUUGGAGAGACGGCAUUAGUGAGAUGCAUUGCUCCGAGUGCGUACUAUGGUGUCACUUUUGUGUUGUCCAAAGUGGAAAACAGUGGCUACAUUACAACUGCCAUUGUUAAGACUCCUGGUUACUCAACAAUUUUGUACAUCAAAGAUAUUCGAUCGAAAUCCCAGGGAGACUAUGUUUGCAUGUAUCAAAUAACCAGGUCAGGGAUUGUCUACAAUUCUACGUUGAGUGAGCGGAAAUCCUUAACUGUCUCUGGUAAGCCUUGCUUCAUAAAGUCGUACAGGCCCAUCGACCCAACUUGCCCACACUGGCCAACAUGCCUCAUCUACACUAAUCCCACCUGCUGCCCGCGUUUGGCCCAUAUCCCUCCAAACCUGUCCCAUCCAUAUACCUGUCCAAAUGUUGUGAUAGUCCCUGCCUCAACUACCUCCUCCGGCAGCUCGUUCCAUACACCUGUGUAGAAAGGUUGUCCCUCAGAUUCCCAUUAAAUCUUUCCCCCCUCUCUCACCUUAAUCAAUAGACAAUAUACACUAGGUGCAGGAGUAGGCCAUUCGGCCCUUCGAGCGAGCACCGCCAAUCAAUGUGAUCAUGGAUGAUCAUCCUCAAUCAGUACCCCGUUCCUGCCUUUUCCCCAUAUCCCCUGACUCCACUAUCUUCAAGAACCCCUGUGUGAAAAAGUGUUUCCUCGUCUCCGCUCUAAAUGGCUGACCCCUUAUUCUUAAACUGUGGCCCCUGGUUCUGGACUACCCCAACAUUGGGAACAUGUUUCCUGCCUCUAGCGUGUCCAAGCCCUUAGUAAUCUUAUGUUUCAAUAAGAUACAGCCUCAUCCUUCUAAACCCCAGAGUAUACAAGCCCAGCUGCUCCAAUCUAUCAACAUAUGACAGUCCCGCCAUCCCGGGAAUUAACCUGGUGAACCUAACCUGGGCUCCCUCAAUAGCAAGAAUGUCCUUCCUCAAAUUUGGAGACCAAAACUGCACACAAUACUCCAGGUGUGGUCUCACCCAGGCCCUGUAAACUGCAGAAGGACCUCUUUGCUCCGAUAUUCAACUCCUCUUGCCAACAUGCCAUUCGCUUUCUUCACUGCCCGCUGUACCUACAUGUUUACUUUCAUUGACUGAUGAACAAGGACCCCCAUUUUGGCCCAUAUCCCUCCAAACAUGUCCUAUCCGUGUACCUGUCCAACUGUUCCUUAAACCUUGGGAUAGUCC